AUGGGUGAGCGAGCCCACCACGGAGCCCCAGUGUGCUCUGGCACCAACCCCAGGAAGUGCCAGGACCUAGGAGACUCAAUUCUUCUGAUUCUGGGCACCUUCAUCUUGUUCAACGUGGGGAUCAAUGUGGUGACUCUGCUCUGGAGGAAUCUGAAGAGCUCUUUGCGGAUUCUUUUCCAUCAUUUUUUCCCCAAAGACAAGCAACCCAGCUGUAUAGGCAGCCAUCCCAUGUGUAUGCGCUGCUCUGUGGAUCCCAAGAACCUGUGCUCAAGAGUCUCUCCUCGCUUCCAUCGUUGCCCAAGCUUCCUGCUCAGGCACCCUAACCACCUUGACUCUUGGAUACCAGACACGAAUGACGAGAGGGCUUCUAGGUGCUGUUGGAUGCCACCUCAGUGUGGACAUGCUGAGGGUCCCAUGGAGACUUCAUGGGGAUUGUGGAAGGAGGGAAUGAUGGGAACUGGAGAGACCCCUCAGGUUACAGCCUCAAAGUCCCAAGCCACCUUUCUCUCCAGGCAAGAGACAUCUUCCCAUUUCCCCAGGAUGAACAAGUUGGAUAUGGCUCCGCUUCACUUGCCCCAAGGGAACAAGACUAAGACCCCAGUCUAUGACUCAGACCAGACCCGGACUCACUCCCCAGCCUGCCCCCCUGAGCACAUCUCCGCCCACGCCCAGAUCCACUCCACAGUCCUCACCCCUGAGCACACCCCCAUUGAAGUCCAUGGCCCUGAGCACACCUCAGCCGAUACCCUGGCCCAGGCCCCAGCCCAGGCCCCCUCGCAUACCUUAGACCACUCGCGGAGCGACACCCAAGCCAGCAACCUGGCCUGUGCUCAUCUAACCUAUACCCAUGCCCACACCUUGGUCCCUCCCCCAACCUCUGCCCCAACCCCUCCCCUAACUUCUGCCCCUGCUGCUACUCCUGCCCCAGCCUCUACACCAGCCCCUGUCCCAAUCUCUUCUCCAACCCCUGCGUCAGCACUGGCCAUGGCCUUGACGACGACACCAGUUCCUGCUCCUAUCCCUACCCCCACCCCUACCCACAUCUUAACUCCUAUGCCCUCUAACCCGACUGCCUUCAGCCAAGGCCUUUCCACUGGCCAUGUGGUCUAUGAUGCCCGCAAGGUAAAGCAGAAUUUAUUCCAUAUGUACCCCACCCAGAAUGCUGAGUAUUCCAGAAAGGACUUGGGUACUCUCUCCACGCCCCAAGAAGGACAGGGCCUCGAGAGCUCUGGUACAGCUGAACAAACAUCGAAGCAACUUAGUGGGGACACUGCGAAGCCCUCCACAGGAUCCAUACUGGGUUACCUGGAGUUGGGGAAUAUGGAAUGGAAGAUCUCAAAUGACGCCAAAGACAAGUUCUUACAGCCCAAGACCUUUCCUUACUGCAGCUUCCAUCCAUGCAGUUCUGAGAGGAGAAACACAGAUGCCCAGGCUCCAGUCUACCCCAAAUUCCUCGUCUACUCCAAGGAUGAUUCACUUUCUCAACGUUGCUUUCAUUCUCCAACUGGCCCCCAGAGCUCACUGCGCACUCCUCCACCAUGCACUUUUUCUCUGCCUCUUGCUUCUCCCAGACCUUUUGUUUGUCAUCAACCCACCAACUACCAGAAGCCCUCCACCUCAAUACAAACCCCAACCUCCAAGUCAACUUUCCAGUUCCCCACCCCUCCCCAGUUCCCCACCAUUUCCCAACCCCCAAUCCAACCCCAAUCCCCUGAACUUCAUGAGAGUCUAGGCCUUACUCAAGACUCUGGCCUCCAAAGGACGCCAGGCCCUUCAAAAGCCUCUAGAAUUUCCAAGAACCCAGGCCUUACCCAAGAUCCAGGCCUCCACAAGAACCCAGAACUUGCACAAAAUCCAGGCCCACACAAGCCCCCAGGCCUUACCCAACACUCUUAUCUCUGCAAGGGUCCAGGGCCUUCCCAAGACUCUGGCCUUCACAAGAAUCCAAUCAUUACCCAAGAUUCUGGCUCCCAAAAGAGCCUAGGUUCUCCUCAAGAUGCAGGUAUCUUUAGGAGCCCAUGUCUCAUCCAACCCUCUGGCCUCCAUAAGAACACACCAUUUCCCCAAACUUCUGAUAUUCAGAGGAGCUCAGGCUAUACACAAGACUCUGGAGUCUAUAGGAAUCCAAAAGGAAACCAAGAGACUGUACUCUACAAAAGUCAAGGGCUUUCCCAAACAACUGGCCUCCAUAACUGCCAAGGCCCUUCUCAAGAUUCUGGAGGUUAUAAGAGUAGAGGUAAUGCCCAAGAUCUGGGAGUCUCUAGGAGUCUAGGCCUUACCCAACAUUCUGGCCUACAGAAGAGUUCCUUCCUUGCCCAAGACUCUGGAGUCAACAAGACCUCAGGCCUUUCACAGGAAUCUGGUCUCCACAAGAGCCCAGGCCUUGCCCAAACCUCUAGCCUCCAUAAGUGCUCAGGCUUUACCCAAGACUCAGGAGACUACAGGAAUCCAGGCCUGACUCAAGAUUCUGACCUCCAUAAGAAUCCAGGCCCUACCCAAGCCAAUGAAGUAAAAAAGAGAUGUGGCUUUACCCAAGAUGUUGGAAUUUAUAGGAGCUCAGAACCUACCCAAGACCCUAUCUUCCACAAGUACCCAGGAAUUAAUCAAGAUCCUGCUCCCCAUAAGGGCCCAGCUCUUAUCCAAGACUCUGGCCUCCCCAAAACUCACGGCCUUACCAAGGGAUCAGGCCUCCACAAGGACUCAUGCCUCAUUCCAAACCCUGACCUCCACAAGAACCCAGGCCUUGCUCUAGGUAUUGACUCUGUCCAAGUCUUGGGCCCAUCUCAGACGCCGAAGUCAACACUGCCCCUGAUGAAGUCAUUUGUAUCUGAGGAAGCUUCUCAGAAGGAGGAUGCAGAGCAGCAUGGACCAUGGACUUCGGCCCCACUCAGUCAAAACUCCUGCCCUUCCAAGGCCCAGGUGAUCUACAAUGACCCACAAACCUUCUCAGAGGUACCUGUACUAAUUGAGCUACAACCAUCCUCUCGGCGAGCAGGCAGCCAAGACUGGGUGCACCGCUCUGUGGAUACAGUUCCUCCAGUCUGCCAGAACUAUCGCCAGAUGUCUAUGCCUCCGAAAAUCAACUGGAAGACCCCCUGUCCUGGGCCAGGUACCCGGAUAGGGCAUGUGGUUCUUGAUGCCCGCCAGAGACAGAUUGGAUUGGGCAGGGACAAGUGUGAAGCUCUAUCUCCCAGGCGCCUUCGCCAAGAGGCACCCAACAACUCAGGGGAGACCACCGAGUGGGGAUAUCAGUGUGUGAUGAGGCCCUCAGAAAAAGAGGGGACAAAGGUGCAUCAGGAAUAA